AUGCCGUUUCAACACAAACCCCAAGACACUACCCGUAGGAGAAAAUUUACAAAGCGUGACCUUGAGCAAGCUAUUAGUGAGAUUCAGGGAGGUGCUUCUAUUAGAAAAACAGCCAUUAAAUAUGACAUUGAUAGAACGACUCUAAGAAGUGAUGAAGAUUUCAUGUGUUCUGCUGUAACAGAUAGGGAUAUAUCCAAUGAAAAUUAUGAACUUACCAGUAGUUCGUCUCAAUGUCGCCAAGCUCAGCUUGUCUUUUCAAGCGCUCAGCAAGAUCCACCAGAUUUUCCGCAGAGCUUCAACGACGUUGAUCUGAAAAUUCCGUCAACAUCUCAACAGAUCCCUAAUGAUGAAGUUCAGGACCCUCCAUAUAGUCCCCUGCUUGAUUUAAAUAAUGUCUCGCUUCUGGAUUCAGUGACUGUUUCUCUAACAAAUAACCAACUAAACCCUCCAGCUCAGAAAAGUCCGCAAACCUCUGACAAAGUCUUAAAAAGCUUUUCACAUGCACCAUCAGACUCUGAACCAAAUUCACUCAACUGUUCUAAAGUUUAUCUUGAGAGCCUGGUGAAUUGUUGCCUCACUAAAUUGAAUGACACUCUCAUGGCUAAAUUAAAUUGUAAUUUAGAAGUUUCUUUUCAUCAGUGCCAAGAGGCUGAAAUAAAUUAUUAUUAUCCUCCGAAUUCACCUACUCUGACACAAAAGCUGGAUAUUCCGCAAACUCCGGACCAUAUUACUAAAAAAGUAACUAUUACACCAGAAAUAAUAAGACCAUACCCAAAAGCUGCACCCCGAAAGACAACACGGCGUGGACGACAACCUGGAAAAACAAAAAUUCUAACAAAAACUCCUAAAAAAAUUACAGAUGAUGAUUCAAAUGAAAUUCUUAAGAAAACAACAACUAAGGCCAAAGGUGACAAGUCCUCAAAAACUAAAGCUAAGAAGAAUAUUAAAAGAGGAAAGAAGGUAGACACAAAAAAAGCAAAGAGGCAAGUUUUACAAGAAAAGAACAAUGACACAGAUUGUGAAGAUGAUUUUAAAGCAGAUUUUAAGAAAAUGAAAGAAAAAGUAAAGCAAGGGAAAAAUAAAAUAAAAAGAAACAAAGAUACAGGACCAGCAAAAACCAAAAAAAGGAAAAUAAAUAAACAACAGAAACGUUCUCGCACGUUCGCUCGCUCAAUUGACAGUGAAUCUGAAGAAAAUUAUGACGAUUGUAUUCCUUAUGCUGAUAGCUCUAAUGACGGUGACUGGGAAGGGGAAGGAGUACCAGAGUUGGAUACUCGUUGGUAUUGCUUUAUUUGUGGUACUGAAGAACUCUUGGAUAUGCGUCUUUGUAUUUCUUGUAAAAGGUAUGUCCACGAGGAAUGUGUAGGGCUAACUAUUAACGAUUCUGAAAACUUCAUGUGUCCAGAAUGUGAUUAA